CGGUGACGGGGUGAAACCGGAAAUGGCCUGCCUGUGCGAAGGGAUUAAACCUUUUUUUUUUCCUUCCUCUUUUUUUCUGGGCCCAUUUCUGAACUCUCGUCCAUCGCACAAUGUUCCUCUCUUGUUUGUCACGGCCAACGUGAACGUACGCAACCCAUGUAGUCAGUCAUGAGUUAUGUGCCUCAUGGCCCUUGCGAGAGCGCGCGGAACAGAGGAGUAGGACACGGGAUUCGGAGCCAAACAGUGCAGUGCACAAUUGGCGGGGUCCUGCUUCGUUCCCAUUUCUCCAUCGUACUUUUGCUUGUGCUUGUUGCUCUGCUGUGGCGAUAGGGUGUUUUGACGAUGAAGGGGUGCGAGAGGCCAUGCCGGGUCAACUCACUCACUCACUCACUCACUCACACCCACGCCCACACACACACACACACACACACACACACACACACACACACUUGUUUUUGCCCUGCCACAUCCAAAAAAGAGUAUUGGCUCGCUUGCAUCUCCUGCACCGUAGCACGCUAUGGCAUGAACCGGGACGUGGGCGCAGAUGCAGCUGCAGUCAAACAGGGCUGCUUGAUGAUGGGGCACCACAUUACUGGACGACAGCUUCUCUCUCUGACGUGCGUGUGUGUUUCUCUUUCUCUCGACUACCGAGGAGAGGGCGAGUGGGCAUCAGAUCCAUAAGCACUCGUCGAACAACACAACCAACCCAACGUACGGUAAUCAAGGAGACGUCGACGUUACAUCGGACGGUUGGCGGAACUGCCAUCUCGCCCACGAACCCUCCCCCGCCAUGUCACUACUCACUCGCCUCCCAUCGACGCCAUCGCCAAUCCCGCAGAUGUAACUCGCAUGGUCCCCUCUCCGCAUCUAUCUCCCAGCUCUCCCUCGUUCCCGGUUGCUCGCCAACCCAAACCGUCCGUCCUCGCAGGUGUCCUUGGUUUCCCCCUUCCAACAGCACACAGUAACCUCGACGAGGUCGAGCUCUAAUCGCACGAAGCAGAAUGCGGCCGAUGCCACGCCAUCAGGAGCAUGAGGGCAACACAGCAAAUGUCAUACUGCAUUCCCGUAUCCUGCACGGAUCGACCGUCGUGUGAGGUUCAACUAGCUAUCAGCUGACGGCUACGCCUGGAUUCCCCCCUUCCAGCUGUUGUGCAGUGCUCCAAGUGCCUCCCGUGUUUCCAUAUACA